GGGAUGCUGACGAAGGCUUGUGAGGCUGAGAAGACAAAUUACCCUCAUCAUUAUCUCCGGGCUUGUCAAUCAAACAUAUACCCUUAUUUACCUCGGCGAGUAGAGAGCCCUGGGAGCACACGGAGAGGGAGGGAACGAGAGGAGAGCAGCUUGCCCUAAACUCCGCACAGGGGAGGGAGCAUUUCCAGCCCCUCGGGAUGGCCACCAUCACCUGCAAUCGCUUCACUGAGGAGUACCAGCUCUUUGAGGAACUGGGCAAGGGUGCUUUCUCCAUCGUUCGGAGAUGUGUAAAGGUGUUGGCAGGACAAGAGUAUGCGGCCAAGAUCAUCAACACCAAGAAGUUGUCUGCUCGAGAUCACCAGAAGCUGGAACGAGAAGCCCGGAUCUGCCGACUCCUGAAGCACCCCAACAUCGUGAGGCUCCACGACAGCAUCUCUGAAGAAGGCCACCACUACCUGAUAUUUGACCUGGUCACCGGUGGGGAGCUUUUUGAGGACAUUGUGGCCAGGGAGUACUACAGCGAGGCGGAUGCCAGCCACUGCAUCCAGCAGAUCCUGGAGGCCGUCCUGCACUGCCACCAGAUGGGGGUGGUCCACCGGGACCUGAAGCCUGAGAACCUGCUGCUGGCGUCCAAGCUGAAGGGGGCCGCUGUCAAGCUGGCAGACUUUGGCCUUGCCAUCGAGGUGGAGGGGGACCAGCAAGCAUGGUUUGGUUUCGCUGGCACCCCAGGAUAUCUCUCCCCUGAGGUGCUCCGGAAGGACCCCUAUGGCAAAGCCGUGGACCUGUGGGCUUGCGGUGUCAUCCUCUACAUCCUGCUGGUCGGGUACCCACCCUUUUGGGAUGAAGACCAGCACCGACUCUACCAGCAGAUCAAGGCUGGUGCUUAUGAUUUCCCCUCACCUGAGUGGGACACAGUCACUCCCGAAGCGAAAGAUCUCAUCAACAAGAUGUUGACCAUAAAUCCAUCCAAACGUAUCACAGCAGCAGAGGCUCUGAAGCACCCCUGGAUAUCGCACCGUGCCACCGUGGCGUCAUGCAUGCACAGGCAGGAGACAGUGGACUGUCUGAAGAAGUUCAAUGCCCGGAGGAAGUUGAAGGGAGCCAUCCUCACCACCAUGCUGGCUACCAGGAACUUCUCCGGAGGCAAAAGCGGUGGCAACAAGAAGAAUGACGGCGUGAAGAAAAGAAAGUCCAGUUCCAGCGUUCAGUUAAUGGAAUCGUCGGAAAGCACCAACACCACCAUCGAGGACGAAGACACCAAAGUACGGAAGCAAGAAAUCAUUAAAGUCACAGAGCAGCUGAUCGAAGCAAUAAGCAAUGGAGACUUUGAGUCCUACACGAAGAUGUGUGACCCUGGGAUGACUGCUUUUGAGCCCGAGGCUCUGGGCAACCUUGUGGAAGGCCUGGAUUUCCACCGAUUCUACUUUGAAAACCUGUGGUCCCGGAACAGCAAGCCCGUGCACACGACAAUCCUGAACCCCCACAUCCACCUGAUGGGAGACGAGUCUGCCUGCAUUGCCUACAUCCGCAUCACACAGUAUGUGGACGCAGGAGGAAUCCCCCGCACUGCCCAGUCCGAGGAAACCCGUAUCUGGCACCGUCGGGAUGGCAAAUGGCAAAUCGUCCACUUCCACAGAUCCGGCGCACCCUCUGUCCUACCGCAGUAAGCCCUCUGAAGCGUGGUCCUGCCCAUGUGGGGUUUGUCACUGACUGACUAUCAAGGGGAGACCUCCUCCAACAUCUUUACCUAUGGGACUUUGGCUGUUGACUCUGCUGCUUGGUUCGUGCUGGAAUAACCCCCCGCUUCUCACCGCACACACGCAACAGCUCUGCUGGCGCCACGCAAGCAUCCCAUUGAACCCUCCCACUUCACUGAGGCCGUGGCACUGGGUCCCCUUCCUCUGCAUGAACCACAAAAAGAGAAACCAUAAACCUAAACCCAAGCAUCUGUCCAGCGAGAUGAUGUGUGCCAGGGUAAAGGCCUUCAUCCCCAUUUGCAUGGAGUUACUGCGACCCUCCACUGCCUGGCACGUCUCCUGAAUUGGGCUUGGACUCAUCAUCCACCUCCAUCUCAACCUCUGCUGGGAGGCCCCUGAGGAAGAGGAAGCAAGGGGGCAGUUUUGAGCCACUCUGUGCCACAACCUCCCUGUGCACCGGUGGAGUUUGCUUUGCUGCUAUUGAGGUCCCCAUGUGCCACCGUGGCUCCCACUUGCUCCUGAGUCAAGCUCUCCUGCAUCCCAGCAGCCUUGGCCAGGGAACCGCAGUUUAAACCCUUUGCAAAGUCCAGCUUCUUUGUGCCCCUGGACGAGGAGGGCAGUGUGCAGAUGGGUGAGUAAAGGCAAUCUUUAUUUUCCCUUCCCAGGAGCGCAGGCUGGCUCUUUCUCAGAAGGGUGAAUAGGUUUACGCCCUGGCUCCAAGUGGCUGUCAUGCCAAGAGGGAUGCUCUCCCUCUUUCCUCCCUUCUCCCCUCGGAGUAGGGACCAGUGAAGCUGGGAGAAGAGAGGAGUAGAAAGGCGGCUGCUUCCUGGCACCACAUUGGCAGGGCUGGGAGCUGGGGCUCUCUCAGCCGUGCUGUGGUGGUAGAAUCACUCCCACACCCUCCUCCUCACCCACUAUCCAGCCUGGAUCUCUUAUCCCAGUACCCAGCCCCGCUGAGCACCCAGUCCUGCUCUUCGCAUGCAGCACCCAGCACUCCUCCAUGGCCGACUCCCAGGCUGGGACAGGGGCAGCUGAGCUGGCCACCAAUUUGGGGCGCAAACCUCCAUCGCCCAUACAACUCCUUCCAGCGAUGACGAGGAAUGCAAGCUUUAUGAAGUGUAAUAACAAAACUCUGCAGAAUCUGAUCGUGCUUCGAAGAAAACAAACAAGCCUUUAGCUGUCUUCUACUUUGAGCGCAUGCCUUUUUAUAGGGAAAAGAAAACAACCUACCGUGUAUUUCGUAACUUGAUUUUGAGUAUUUGCUGAAAUGGAUCUUUAUGUAAUAACUAGAAACAUUCAACUGUUUAGGGAAAGGGGGAAAUCUUGGGCGUUGCUGUUUUUCUGUUGCGUUUACAUUUGGAGAGGGGUUGUGCUGCCACGAUGCCCCUGCCAGAGCGGCAUGGCUGCUGGCCCCACCUCGUCCUGCGGCACUGGGUGGGUGAAGACACCCACUUGCCCAGAGCACCCACCUCUAGGGGCACCCCUCUCCCCAGGGCACCUUCCUGCACCCCACGGGUCUUCCUCCAGGGCAAACCCCAGCAGUGGCUCUUGGGGAGCCACUGGGACAUGGCUUUCAGGACAGAAGAUGUGGCUGGGAAGGAGAAUUUUGGUCUCACCUCUUUGUUGUCAGGAAGAGGUCUGAGGAUGGGUGUUUUCCCGGCAGUUCUUCCGUUUCUUGUUCUCUUUUUUCCUACUGGAACCUCUGCUCGUUGAUGUGAGACUCCUGCAGCGCUGCUGCCCUGGGGGACUUUCUAGCUGCACUCUCUUCAUCUGCAUGGCGUUUAACUUUCUAGAUGGUGCGUGUGUUGAAAAACAAAGAAAUGAACAAAAAAACCUUGUUUUGGUCAUAAAAAAGAGGAAAAAAAAAAGAAAAAAAAAAGGAAAUGUUUUCUCCAUGUAAAUUCUGAGCGUGUAUUUUGCCUUUUCUGUGGUUUUGAAUGCUUUUCUCACUGUCGAGGCAGGGAUGGCUGCCAUGCAAAAUGCAGCCGCAUCCUUGCAGACUGCAAAAAUAUUUUCCCACUGGAUCGAGGGGUAGAAAUCCAAACCAUUGGGGCAUGAACAGGCCCCGAGAGGUGUUCCGGUGUGUCCUGCUGUGCCAGCAGUGCAAUGGUUGCUGGAAAUGUGUGUAGGAGAUGCCUUUUUGGGGCAAAUCACAGGUUCUCCACAGGUGUAAAUGGGCAUCCCUCUGCCCUCGGUGGACCUGUGCUGUUUGACUGUGGAGCUGCAUUGGCCCACAAGAGAUGGUCCCCAAAGCAGGGAAAUCCAUGCAGGGAGAGGAUUAGCUUUUAAAAUAGAGUCUGGCUGUUUUUACAGAUCUGUUUUUCUUCCUGUAGUCAUGUAGUGCUGAAGUGUUUUUUAUUUUUUAAAGGAAGGGCUCAGCUCUUUCACAGUUCUCUCUCUCCCUCUCCAGAGCUGUGUCUGAAAUGCCUCAUCCACCUCCUGAUGCUCAGGCUCUCUGGGCGUCAGGAGUAUUUCUGGGGAUCAGUAUGAGAUGGAUGAUGAAGGAGGAGGUCAGAGCAUGGCUCUGCAUGGGGGCUUAAGGCAGAAAUGCUAUCAGCCUGGUUCUGGAGCUGCUGAUAGCGUGGACCUGAGGUGGGCUGUGAGGGUGAAGCUGCUCCAGCAGCUGUUAGUGGAGGAAGGUCUGGGACAGAGGGUGCACAGAGGUUUUCUGAGGAUGAUGGAUGAGAUGCUGGAGUAGGAACAAUUUCCUUUCAUGGAGAGCACACUUUGGGCAAUCGCUGCUAGGAAGGAACAUCUUGGUUUCCAGGGAGGCUUUGAGUUGUCUUCUCGGAGGUGGUUUGUCCUUGAGGCUUCCCUAUAGCCAUCUCCCCAAGGACAGGUUCCUCUGGAGGCAGCUGGAUAUCCUUGCACCACUUAAAAUACUCCUGAUCCUUUCCAAGGGAAGCAGAGUCUGGGGUUUCAACUCCUUUCUAGUCUUCCUGUCAAUCUGAAGCCCGACCAAGGAAGACCCGACUUCCUGACCUGCCCACGCCGGCAGCAUUAAGCACCUGCACUUUAGGGGUCUGUUCUGCCUGGUUCCUCUUCCCCAACUUUCCCUCCUUUUCCAGAGCAUCUCUGAGCAAGCACUGAUACGUCAGCACCCUUUCUUUCAGUAGACGUGGUGGACAGCUUCUAUAUCUGUCUUCCUUCACAUUUCCUGAUUUCUCCUAAACUUGCAGUAAAACUAAACAAAUAAUCAGCUGCCACCACCUUUCUUGUUCUCACACAACCAGGGAUGCUCGCAUUAAGUCUGUACUUUUAAGCUGUUGGCACAGUCCCUGGUAUGUGCUCACUGGCAUCACCCCAAUAAUUCCACCAUGGUUCAAGUGAUGACAAGGUCCAGAGCAUGUUCCAAUAAGCAAUAUGGACAAGGUCACCUUGUUGGGAUGGAGUUUACCACCACAGAUUUCCUGUCCUCAUUGGCUUCAAGGCUGGAGAUCAGGGUGUGGCACAUUUCACUUUCUGAUACAGACAGAACCUGGCUCAUCUGGUCACUUCGCCAUCUGGGUCAAACCAAUCUCAGCAGUUCCCCAACCUGAUCAUCUCUUUCACCUUUCUCAGACCACAGGGGAUAUCUGAGCGGAAGCACUUGCUGUGGUGGUUUUGGGCUCCCAGCUCCACAGGUGGGCUUGGGAUUCACAUGUUUUCCAUUCUUGGCUGCCAGGGUCCAGCUGCAACAUCAUCAUUUCUCAGGUCUUGCUGAUGCAUCCACUCUGGAAGAAGAGGGCACUCCUGUGCCUCUGCUUUUUGCGGAGGAGCAGGCAUUCUGCUCCUUACCCCAAACAGGCACAGCCAGGAGAGCUGUCUUUCUCCCACUACCUGGAGUAAAUGCCCCUUCUGCCAGGCACUGAACCCCCACCUGACCCCAAACCUGCCUCCCCUCCCUUUGCCCUCCACAAGUUGAUGUCCCCAUGGAGCCCCAGAGGUUGGAGCAGGCAGAAGCACCCAUCUGCUCCUGCUUUGAGCUCAUGGUCUGCUCUGCAGCCAUGGCAGGAUUGCUGGAGAGGACCAGCAAACAGCAGUGCUGUGCUUAAGAGGGCAGCCACAUAGCCCCAAGGACCAAGAGGUUUCUGUCAGCAAAAGAUCCCAUAACCAUCUCCUCUGAUCAUCCCAGGAACUGCGUUAACCCUUCUUCUCCACCGCAGGGCACAUUUCAUGGCAUACACCACUCUCUUGAUGCAACAACCAUCCUCCUCCUAGCACGGUAGGGACCUUGCCAUUACCCAUUUCCAAAGGUGCAGGUUACAGCCCAUCCGUACCAGACAAGGAAACCUAGAUGUGAACAGGCUGUGGGAAUGUCAGAGGAGGGGCUGGUGUCCCUCUGUCCCCUGAAGAUGUCCCACCGGCUCCCUUCCCUUUGGCUGAAUGUCCUUCCCACGUGCAGAUUGACAAGGAGUGGAAGAGGGGGUGGUGGAGGGGUUUGUAUUGAGCGGCUCUUUCCUUCUUUGGGUUGUUGUCCCUUUUUUCUAACUGUUGCACAACUUUAGGGCUUUUGUAACAUUUUAUGGACAAGCAGGGAAAAUAACAGUGGUUUAAGAAAAAAAUGAAAUAUCUCUCUCUCUCUUAUAUAUUAUAUAUAUAAAAAUAUAUACUUACAGGAAAUCUCUAUGGAAAUAUUUAUUUAAGAUGAUUGCAAAAAAUAUAUUAUAAUUAAGAGUAUACCAAGCUUUGUCACGUAACAAAACAAUCAGGCCCCGGGGAGGGGUAACUGCCUGUCCCCUCGUGUCUGUCAGUCCGUACGGUUGCAGCUGAAGCCUUUCUCUGAUCUUUUUGUACAUGCACUCGAACUGUCGAGCAGUGUGACCGUGUUGGAUUCAGCGGGAGCUUGAUGUGGGGGGGAGGGAUUGAUUUUGUUUCCUUUUCCUUUGUUUCUUCGGAACCUGUGGCUGUGAACAGAAUGAUCACUGCUCAAAUCGGAUGCUCUGUUU